GGGACUAUUCCUGAAUUUCUAAUGCUGGUUUUCCAAAGGCUUAUGAAAAACCUAUCGAACCAGUUUUCAGUGCCCAAAUGGAUUUUGGAACCAGUUCGCUUUUGCAGAGCAGCUGGCACGUCACUGGUUUGGUUCACUGUUUGUUGUCAUUGCGAAGCACGGAUUCCGAUUCGAAAAAUCAUGAGUGCCCUGUUCAACUUUCAAAGCCUGCUCUCGGUCAUCCUGCUGCUGAUCUGCACCUGUGCUUAUCUCCGCUCCCUGUUUCCCAGCAUCAUAGACCGCAACAAGACCGGAUUCCUGGGAACCUUCUGGAAGCUGGCGAGGAUCGGAGAGCGCAAGUCCCCUUGGGUGGGCGCCGCCUGCCUGAUCAUGGCCUUCACGGUCCUCUUUUGGAGCUGAGUGGCUCAUCCAAGAAUACCACAACCUGCAUAACAUCGUAGAUAUUCCAAACUUUUAAGGACUGUAAAUACACGCUGCGCUUCGCAGCACUGGUUACACA